AUGUCUGUCGAUCGCUUAUUUGAUGUGAAGAACGCAUUCUUCCUUGGGCAUUACCAGCAGUGUAUCCUUGAGGGACAGAAGUUAGUUACAAAAGUUGAAGAAGAAAAGACUGCCAAAGAUGUAUUCGUGUACCGUUCAUAUAUUGCACAAGGGAAGGCUUCUGUUGUCCUCAGUGAAGUUCCUGAACGAACUGAUAACCCGUCCUUGAGAGCAGUUCGUCGUCUGGCUGAAUAUCAAAACCCGUCCAACAGGCAGCGCAUCGCCAACCUUGUACAGAGUGAGGUCUCUGACGGAACAGCUGCAACUGAUGAUGCAUCAUGCAUUGUGGCUGCGCUCAUUUUGAAUAAUGAAAAUAACCCAGAAGAUGCUAUGCGUAUUCUUUCAAAAAGCGAGUCUUUGGAAGCACGUUCCGCUACCGUCUUCACUUUGCUUCAAAUGGAUAGGGUAGACUUGGCUGUAAAGGAGUUAAAGAAAAUGAAUGAAAUCGACGAAGAUGCUACUUUAACCCAGUUAGCUCUUGCAUGGGUCAACAUGGCCAUGGGCAAGGAUAAGCUGAAGGAUGCGUACUAUAUUUAUCAAGAAAUGAUGGACAAGUACGGUCAAAGCCCACGGCUGCUUGUUUCCCAGUCAGCUGUUCUUAUUCUGCAGGGGAAAUAUAAGGAAGCGGAGGCUCUGCUGCAUGUGAGUCAUUCAAAUGAAUGUGUGCUGCCUUGA